AAGAUAUGAGUUAGAGAGCAUCUUGGUGUUAAUCACUUGUGAAUACCAAACCCGACCUUAUUUCUGCAGCCUCCUGACAAUCAUAUUGGAUGCUCCAAAGUUUAGUGCCUGCCUACUUUUUCACUUCAUUAUGUUCUUACUUACUGUAUGCAUUGAUGUAUUUGGAGCUAACAAACAGUACUAAAGUUUCCUCUGAUUAAACAUGUAUAUUCUACCGAGGAUUUGUUCCCGGCACCUGCGACAGCUCUGUCGGAAAUCUUUUUUCCGCUAUGCCUCAACAUCAUCACACGAUGUCCCUCAUGUCUGCAUCGUAGGGAGUGGCCCGGCAGGAUUUUAUACUACGCAGCAAAUUCUAAAGGGAAAUCCAGCAGCUAGGGUGGACAUACUGGAGAAAUUGCCAGUUCCGUUUGGACUUGUGAGAUUUGGGGUAGCUCCUGAUCACCCAGAAGUCAAGAAUGUUAUCCACACUUUCACCACGACUGCCAGAAAUCAGAGAUGUACAUUUAUAGGAAAUGUGGAGGUCGGUAAAGACAUCUCAAUAGAAGACCUGCAGAAGGCAUACACUGCUGUAGUUCUGGCCUAUGGUGCUGAUGAUGACAGAACACUUGCAAUAAAGGGAGAGGAUAAUCCAAAUGUGAUCUCAGCCAGAUCUUUCGUUGGUUGGUUCAAUGGACUGCCACAAGACAAAGAUCUGCCUGUAGAUUUAGAUGUGGAGAAUGUGGUUAUCCUAGGACAGGGAAAUGUGGCUCUUGACGUGGCCCGGAUUCUGCUGACACCAAUCAGCAUAUUACAGAAAACAGAUAUAUCUCAGCAUGCAUUGGAUGCUCUGUCACGAAGUCGAGUAAAAAAGGUGUACAUUGUGGGCAGAAGAGGUCCCUUACAGGUUGCCUUUACAAUCAAAGAGCUGAGAGAGAUGACCAAGCUACCUGACUGUAGACCCGUCAUUCAUAAAGAGGACGUAGAAAAUCUAGACCAGGUCAUAAAAGAUCUCCCCCGCCCUAGAAAGAGGCUGACAGAACUUCUGUAUAAGAUAUGUAUGGCGCCCUCUGACACAGACACUCGUAUCUGGUCUCAGGCCUCCAGGGAGUGGGAGCUCAGGUUCAGACUCAGUCCUGUAGAAAUAAACCAGAGGGAGGGGAAAGUCACAGGUGUCCAGUUCUGUGUCAACCAGCUCCAGGGAGAUGAUCUGAUCAACAAGAAAGCUGUGGCCACAUCAGCAACAGAACACAUUGACUGUGGACUAGUUUUCAGAAGUAUAGGAUAUAAAAGUGUUCCUAUAGAUCCAAGUUUACCUUUUGAUACAAAUAAAGGGAUUAUCCCUAAUAAAAAAGGAAGAGUCAAAGAUAAGCCAGGUCUGUACUGUAGUGGAUGGGUCAGCACAGGACCGGUAGGAGUUAUCCUCAACACCAUGACAGGGGGAUUCGAAACAGGAAAGAUAAUUCUCAAAGAUCUGGAGGAUGGUGUCAUCACUUCUGAGGGAAAACAAGGCAAUAAAAUGAUCAAGGAAAUCCUAGAAUCUAAAGGUAAACAGAUGGUGACAUUCUUGGACUGGGACAAGAUUGACGAGGAAGAGAUGAAGAGGGGAAGUGUCCUAGGAAAACCAAGAGAAAAGAUUACAGACAUCUCAGAAAUGCUGACAGUGGCCAAGUCCUAAAUAAAAACAAUGACUAUCUUAUUCUGGGUGGGGGUGGUUGGUAUUUAUGCUGAGAGUAGCCAAAUCCUAUCAAGAAAAACAAUGACUGUCUUACACGGGAGGGGUGUGUGUUUAUUUAUUAGAUAUCAUGCAGCAUCAAGAUGCAGAUGCCCUUUAACAAUCCCCAUGGCACAUCUCAAAAUGUUACACAGAUCUGACCAAAUAAUUAAAGGAGAUGGGUGAACAAGGUGUGCAGAAUGCCUAUAGCUUCAAAUAUAUAAGAAUCAUUGUGAAUUUAGUAUUUAGAGUUAUGUUCUUGUCAGUAAUAUUUAUGACCAUAUGAUAAAAAAAAAUUUCCUGAGGAUUUUUUUUUUCCAAAAAGUUAUUCUGUAAUUUAAAACAUCUGGUAUUGGUGGGGUUAAUAACCUUAGCAACAAAAAUUGAGACUAACACACUAUCAACAAUGCUAUGGAGCUCAUGAUGAAUGGUGGCAUAUGAUUCAUCCUUUUGAUAUGACCCUGGAUGAAAUGGAUUUCAAGUAUUUCUGUGAAAGAUGUCAAUGUUGUGUCAUAAAAGUGUAAUUUUAAGGUAUAGUGGGUCUUUGCACCACUUUCAAAAAUGUGGAUGGAAGACCCACUUAUAAUGAGAAAUAGGGUUAUAGUUACUAUUAGUGUGAGAAGAUCCUUGUUUUCCUUUUUAGUGUACAGUGUAUGUAUACUAUUUCUAGGCAAAUAAUUUCAACCUAUAUGAGCUAAUUUUUGAAAUUUGAGGAGAUUUUACACAUGGUAUACUUUAAUUUCAAUAUAAUUUAAAAAAAAUUAUAAUAGGGAUUUAAUUUUUCACCUUCUUGUUUGUCAAACUUGGCUUGCCUUGUUCACCCAUCUUCUUAAUUAAUAGUACCUGUAACUGCAUGUAAUCUUUAAGAAACUGAAGGAUAAUGUUAUAGUUAUUGAUUUUUAACUGUUUUAUCUCUUUGAACAUGGGCAUUUAAAGAUUUGAAUCAUACAAUGUAUGUAUGCUAAGUGCAGAA